AUGGACCCAACUAGAUAUACGGGUCGACUUCGUAAAAGUAUCCGUCAGAAUAGACGAGAUGAAUAUAUGGCCCAGUUUCAUCCGGAGCCAGAAUUAAUGGAUGAAUGUGCAAAUCAAGAGGCUCCAAUAAUCUCGAAUGCAUUUCAAUUUAUGGGGACGAUCGAUAAAGAAAAUACAGUAUCUUCAGGAUACUUCAGCGGAGCCUCAACUAAUCCACAGUUUUAUGGCGAAUCAUUUAUUCACGAUACAUUGGAACAUAUGGGUGUUUCGUAUCCAACACCUUCGAAACGGAACGUGCGUUUUACUAAUGAAGUACUCCCUCCGGCUUUGAAAAAAUCCAAACGAUUGCAUUCAUCCAAGAGGCGGGCUUUUCAAGAAAUCCAGGCGGCAGAUGUAUCCAUGGAGGAAGUCAAUGUGCCAAGGCCCUCUUUAACGAGAUCUGUUACUGUCCCGUUUCCCUCUCCAAUCCCAACAGAUUCCACAGCACGUCUUUCAUUGGAGAAGCCAAAGCCAGUGCUCCCUGUAAUUAAGACAUCUACUCAUGGAACUGACAUGGUUAGUAUCCAUACUGUCGCUCAGUUAGUACGGGGCGAUUUUGCAAAGAUAAAUGUUUCUCACACAAUCAUUGAUUGCCGCUAUCCUUACGAAUACGAGGCUGGUCAUAUAAAAGGCGCCCUUAAUCUAUAUACAUGUAGUGAUGUUGUGAAAGGGGUCUUCAAGAAUGCUCCUGCUGCUUCUUUCAAUGAUGACGAAAUUUUCAUGGAUUUGGGCCCUAAUGUCGAUGAGUUAAUAGAAGGGCAUAAUCCAAAUGUUCAACUGCCCGCAAUACGUAGCUUCUUGCGUAGAAACUUCUCGGACGAGUCAGAUUGCGAAGAUGACCUUUCAGAAGAGGGUAGACGACAAUCGUGUGAUGACGAAAUUAUUCCAUUUGCUCCUGUGCCAGAAGCUGAUCCAAAUGCUCCGCCCAUUCAUUUGCUCAUAUUUCACUGCGAAUUCUCGUCUCAGCGUGGUCCCGAAUUGUCCCGUUUUCUACGAAAGGUGGACCGCUACAUUAACUACCCCCGCUAUCCUUUCGUUUUCUAUCCUUACGUUUAUGUAAUGUAUGGUGGUUACGCGUCGUUCUAUAGGCAAUAUCCGCAACUAUGCGAGCCUCAAAACUAUUUAAAAAUGUUUGAAAAGGGAUACAGGGACGUUCUUGCCUAUUACUCUAAAUUGACUAAGGAGGUAUCAAAUGCUUGUACAGCAUGCUUCAGAGAUUCGAAUUUGGUCAAUCUUAAAGUCUCUCCUACCAUGGAAGAGAAAGAGAUAAGGCCGGCUCUUAGAUCAGUGCAAACCAUGCUUCCUGGUCCAUCGUUACAAAAAAUGGGAGAACUAUUCGAAGGGACUCCAGCAAAUGUGUAUGUGAAUUCUCCUAAGAGGAAGGGUGUUUCUAGGCAGUACCUUCAACUUGCAGAGCACAUUAUUCGAAAGGGCAAUCAUAUUAUCGACGCAUAUGAGUACUUUAAACAAUUGGGUAAAGAGGAAUUAGGCAGUGAGGUGUUAGUUGGUUUUAUUCCUGGAAAGAGGGAAGAAGAUAGAGUUUUUGGCACCCUUUCCGGGCCACGGAAACCGGUGGCACGUUUGAGCUUCUCUUCUGAUGAUGAUCUUGAAGGUAUGCCAUCACAGCAACCUUCCCUUCCACGGCCGAAGGCAGUACUAGAUUUCUCGGACAGUGAUGAACCGACCGAUUCUUCGGGCCCUUUGUGA